CAAUGAAUGUCACAUUGUACUCAACUUCUCUAUAAAAUAUUAAUCAAUAUAUGUAUGUACGUGUGUAGAAAUAUACAUAUUUUUAAUCAAAACCUAAAAGUCAAAACGAAUGAAAUACGAAAACGAGACAAACUGCAAUAAAGAGGACGUGCAAGUGCUUAAAAGUUGUAAAAAAAAAAAACAAAUAUUCAGUAUAAAAUUUAAAUAAACGUACUAUAAAACUGUUCACUCUACGCCUUGCUGAAGAUACCACCACACGCUGCCAGAAAUUUAUGGAUAAAUGUAAAAAUCAGCGGCAAUACAAACAUAAACUACCAUCGCGAUUACACAACGAUUGGAUUUUACAGCUUAAUCAUACUUUGUCACCAACCAGAGGAAAACAUUUUGAUAGCAACAACAGCCAUCGACUGUGAAGUCGCCGUUGUUUUUACAAAAACGAUACAAAAAUUGCCGUGAAAAUCUGUUACCACCCAUAGGCGUCGCGCUGAACGGCCCCGGCCUAAGGGGCCAUGACGCGUUGGCCCUUUAAUUUAUUACUAUUGCUCUCGGUGGCAGUACGCGACUGUAGCAAUCAAACUGUCCUCACAGUUGGCUAUCUCACGGCGCUCACUGGCGAGCUCAAGGAUCGCCAGGGUUUGGCCAUUUCCGGUGCCCUGACUAUGGCCCUGGAAGAGAUCAACUUUGAUCCUCAUUUGUUGCCAAAUGUCACGCUGAAGCUGCGCUGGAAUGACACCAAGGGCGACACGGUGGUUGCCACCAAGGCCAUCACUGAAAUGAUAUGCGAUGGCAUUGCGACCAUAUUUGGUCCAGAGGGUCCUUGCUAUGUGGAAGCAAUUGUCACGCAGAGUCGAAACAUUCCAAUGAUUUCCUAUAAAUGUGCAGAGAAUCGCGCAUCCUUGAUACCGACGUUUGCACGCACCGAGCCCCCAGAUACGCAGGUCGUUAAGUCCGUAAUUGCAUUGCUGCGGUACUAUGCCUGGAACAAGUUCUCCAUAUUGUACGAGGAGGUUUGGGCGACUGUGGCCGAUCUGCUGAAGGACCAGGCAACAAAAAAGAAUAUGACCAUCAAUCACAAGCAGUCCUUCAUUGAUGAUCGUGCCAAGUGCUGUGAACAAAUGUUGCAUUGCUGUCGUUCCGGCUACUGGUAUCAGGUGGUGCAAAACACCAUGAAUCGAACCCGCAUCUAUGUGUUUCUAGGCUCAUCCAACAGUCUGGUGGACUUCAUGAGCUCCAUGGAAACGGCUGGCUUAUUUGCGCGUGGCGAAUACAUGGUCAUCUUUGUGGAUAUGAUGGUAUACUCGGAACGGGACGCUCAUAAGUAUUUGCGCAAAGUGGAUCAAAUAAAUCGCAUGAAGAACUGUCAUACCACGAAUAAUUUCCAUCAAUUGGCGCGCAGUUUACUUGUGGUGGCCUCAACGCCUCCUACCAAGGACUAUCAAAAUUUUACGGAGAAAGUCCGUAUGUACAGUUCAAUGCCGCCGUUCAAUUUUACGGUGCCACAGCUAUUCUCGGAUAGCAAAUUCAGCAAGUUUGUGUCGAUCUAUGCUGCUUAUCUGUACGAUUCUGUAAAGUUGUAUGCCUGGGCCUUGGACAAGAUGUUGCGAAUGGAGGAGCGUCCGCUAACAGAUGAGGUCAUAUUUGAUGUGGCCAGCAAUGGCUCGCGCGUUAUUGACACCAUCAUCAAAAAUCGUACUUAUAUGAGCGUUACGGGUUCCACUAUAAAAAUUGAUAAGUAUGGCGAUUCGGAGGGCAACUUCUCGGUGCUAGCCUACAAACCGUACACCUGGAACAUUACGGAUGAUAUUCAAUGUCACUUUCAUAUGGUGCCUGUGGCUUAUUUCCAUCAAGGCGAAGAACUUCCAGAAUAUAAAUUGAUUAAUGGCUCCAUAGAUUGGCCGUCAGGCGGGGACAAGCCCACCGAUGAGCCCAUGUGCGGUUUUGCCAACGAGUUGUGCCAAAAGGAUGAUACGCAUUAUACCUCAACGGUAGCAGCCGUAGUGCUGGGCGUGCUGCUUUUUUGCUCCGGAGUUGUGACGAUGAGCAUCUAUAGAAAGUGGAAAAUAGAACUAGAAAUAGAGGGCUUAUUGUGGAAGAUUGAAGUGGGCGAAAUUAAGGGGUAUUCAGGCAAUGAGAUUGUCUCUUCACCGAGCAAGGUCAGCUUGAUGAGCGCCCAAUCUUUUGGUUCACGCUGGUCCAAUCAAUUCGUCACCUCCACUGCGCGUCUGCGGGGCGCAGUGGUGCGGAUCAAGGAGCUAAAAUUUCCACGCAAACGUGACAUAUCCCGCGAGAUUAUGAAGGAGAUGCGUCUGCUGCGCGAGCUCCGUCACGAUAAUAUCAAUAGUUUUAUUGGCGCCUGUGUGGAGCCCACCCGCAUAUUGCUAGUCACAGAUUAUUGCGCCAAGGGCAGCCUGUAUGACAUCAUUGAGAAUGAGGACAUCAAAUUGGAUGAUCUGUUCAUUGCCUCGCUCAUACACGACCUCAUUAAGGGCAUGAUCUACAUACACAAUUCACAACUGAUCUACCAUGGCAAUCUCAAAUCCUCGAAUUGUGUGGUCACCUCACGUUGGAUGCUCCAAGUCACUGACUUUGGUCUGCACGAGCUACGGCAGUGCGCCGAAAGCGAGUCCAUUGGCGAGCAUCAACAUUAUAGACAUCAAUUAUGGCGAGCGCCGGAAUUGCUUCGCAAUCAUCACACCUACGGCAGCCAGAAGGGCGAUGUCUACGCCUUUGCCAUCAUCAUGUAUGAGAUAUUUAGUCGUAAGGGUCCAUUUGGACAAAACAAUUUUGAACCAAAGCAAAUUGUGGACUUAGUAAAGAAACUGCCGUUGAAGGGGCAGGAGCCAUUUCGACCGGAAGUGGAGUCCAUCAUAGAGGCCGAAUCAUGUCCAGACUAUGUGUUGGCCUGCAUAAAGGACUGCUGGGCUGAGGAGCCCGAAGAGCGUCCAGACUUCAGUACCAUACGCACUCGUCUUAAGAAAAUGCGUGGAGGCAAGACUAAAAACAUUAUGGAUCAAAUGAUGGAAAUGAUGGAAAAGUAUGCCAAUAACCUCGAGGAUAUUGUCACAGAGCGCACGCGUCUGCUGUGUGAGGAAAAACUCAAGACAGAGGAUCUGCUGCAUCGCAUGCUGCCGCAACCAGUGGCAGAGAAACUGACCAUGGGUCAGGGUGUCGAACCGGUGUCCUAUGAUUUGGUCACCAUUUACUUCAGCGAUAUUGUGGGUUUUACGGCCAUGUCUGCUGAAAGCACGCCGCUUCAGGUGGUUAACUUUUUGAAUGAUCUCUACACUGUGUUUGAUCGCAUCAUACGUGGCUACGAUGUCUACAAGGUGGAAACCAUAGGCGAUGCAUACAUGGUGGUCUCUGGCCUGCCCAUCAAGAACGGUGAUCGCCAUGCGGGUGAGAUUGCAUCCAUGGCCCUGGACCUGCUGCAUGCGGUCAAGCAGCAUCGCAUUGCCCACCGACCUAAUGAGACGCUUAAGCUUAGGAUUGGAAUGCACACGGGGCCUGUGGUUGCUGGCGUCGUGGGUCUGACCAUGCCGCGGUAUUGUCUCUUCGGCGAUACGGUGAACACAGCUUCCCGGAUGGAGAGCAACGGCGAAGCGUUAAAGAUACACAUAUCCAACAAAUGUAAACUGGCGUUGGACAAACUGGGCGGAUAUGUUACAGAAAAGCGUGGCCUCGUCAGUAUGAAAGGAAAGGGUGAGGUGGUGACCUGGUGGUUGACGGACGCCAACGAAAAGGCCAUUCAGAAGAAACCCGUGGACAUGAUGGAUAUGCCUCCACCGUUGUUCAGUCGUCCUCGCAAGAGCCCCAAAUUAAAUCCGGAUUCGCGGCAGCCGAGCAUACUGGCCAUGCACUAUUGCGGCACGAGCUCAAGGCGUCACUCGAGUGUGCCGCGACCUGCCGAUGUUGAAUCCACCUACAGCCUACAAGGCUCUGGAUAUCAGAUGGGGCGCGAGUCGCCGCGAAUGACAGCCAAGCGGCAUGUGGAGCGGCCCUCACUGAACGGAAUUGGCGGUCUGUCCGGCAUUGGCGGCAGCAGCAUUGCCGAGCGUAUGAGCCACUUUGGCGGCAUACUUGGCGUCGGGGACGCGUUGCUCGAGUCAACGCACGCAUCUCGCAGCACGCUAAAUCAUUCCGAAACAAACGAAACGAACUGUGAUAUAAACGACGUCGUCGUUGAUAGCGGGGGCAUCGAGCUGGACCUAAACGGCGGUGGGGAUGUUGGUGUCGGGCUGGUGCGCCAGCCAAAUGCGCUGCACAAGCCACUAGCCAUGGUGCGGCCGCAUCGCAUCAUUAAUGCUGCACACUUGUCCGUGUCAGCAUCUGCGUCCACGCAUGAGAUUGGCGGCGCCAGAGUGGAUGGGAACGAUCAGCAGCACGACCGUCGUAUCGCAGAAUUGUUUCUGCGCGAGACACGUUCCAUGGAUCCCAUGCCCAUGCAGCAGCUGCGCAAGCGACAUGAACGGCCUAAAUUGCCGCCUUCCAAGCUAUCGAAGAACAACUCGCGUUCGCUAGACACAGGCGUUUCGCUGAUCAGUGGCAAUCCCAAUGGUGAGGCAGGCACUGGAGAACAGCAGGAUGAGGAUGUUCACAUUGAUAUGGCUAUCAAUCCAGUGGACGCUAAUGAUAGCUAUGAUGACGAUGUGGGCCUGCUGUUGCGUCGUGACAAUGGACAGUUGCCCACGCUGCGGUAUUCGGGCAGCUUUUCUAAUGCGCCUACUAUUGUGGCCACCAAUCGACGGCGCACGAGUGCGAGUGCUGGAGGAGGAGCAACAGGUAUGCUGUUGCCGGCACACAAACAUCUGAAUAACAAUUGCAACGGCGGUAUGACGAUUGAGGAUGAUCUGCAUUCGCCGCUGCUCCAACGCCAGGCCUCAUUAACAACCCCACCUGAAGAGCUGCAAUCGCAUUCGAAGCGUUGGCGGUCGCUAGAGCACAUGGAGCCGGGCGUAGGAGGCCAUGGCAAUAGUGUCAGUUAUGCGCCCGACGUUGAUGGGCGUCAGUCGCAGACGGGUCAUGACAUACAGGUAGCAGGGGGAGAUUUUGCUUCAGCCUCAACGCACCGGCGAGGUGGAAAGUUUGGAAACUGGGUGGCGAAUUUCUUCAAAGGCAAUGGCCUGAGAAAUAGCGACGCGUCCCUAAGGCGUGUCAGCAUAUCGCCGAGUAGUGUGCAGGGUGUGCGCAGCGCGUUUACAGAUAUGACGGCCACACCGAGGGAUCGAGAGAGUAUUGUGUAGCUAGAACGAGAAUAGCGCUGAUGGAGCAGGUUGGAGAAUGUUACUCAGGAAAAGUGCGAGCGGGAAUGAACGUCAAAUAUACAUAAACUUUUUGGCUUCUUUGUUGUAUGUAGUUAUAUAUAUAAACAACCCGAUUUAUGUAUGUGUACCCAUAUAUGAACUCUCCAUAUAUUAUAUAUUUGUAAAUGUAUACCCUACAUGCAUAUUAGAGUAGCCGAAAAAUCAUCUAGUCACAAGGUCUUCAGACUAGUUAUUGUUUUAAAAUACACAUGCCUAUAUAUAUAAAUGUAUAAACAAAAUGCGUAUGCAAGAAGUGAAUACAAACAUAUUAAUGUACGUUCUGUAAAAGUAGUAGCUCUAUAUGUAUAUUUGUGUAUAUUUAUGUAUCUAUGUAUUUACAAUGCCCAUUAUUAUAAAACACAUUGGAAAACAUAUAGCGAAAAAUUGUCUUUUUGAGAUAAAUCUACAUAGAAUGGAACAAUUGCGCGCUAUUGCAAACAAAUUAUGCUUAAAAUUAGUUAUUUAUAUUGCAAAGAGUUUAAUGAAGGAAAUCUUGUGUUUUGCUAGUAAUUAAGUACGUGUGAUGUACGUAGGCUUAAGUUAAAAUAAAUUUUACUAGUGUUAUGACUUAGAUGUGGAAGAAA